UAUAGUAUUGUGAUGGAUAAAUAACAACCGUGUGGUUAUUAAGUUGUUAUUUUGUCUCUCAGUCACAAGCUAAUAGUAAUAUAAGAGUCUGUGGUUGCGAGACCCCGAGCUGUCAGUCACGAGCCGUUGUUGCUACGGCGAUACAAAUAUGUUGUUUGAUCCUGAAGGUCACAAGUGUGUUCUCGGUGGAGCUUUACGCCCGACACCUCCCAUUCUCGUCCAGUUUACCAGGCCAGUAUGUCCAGUGAUCCUCCUCCUCCGUACCCUGGAGGUCCCAGCGCUCCUCUCAUUGAGGAAAAGAAUGGACAACCAGCUCCUGUAAGAACAGCGCCCCUGCAAGGACAGCCUUUACCUCCAGACUAUGGCCCGCCUCCUUAUGAGGGCCCGCAUCCGGGGUUCCUCCCGCCACAUGUUCCUGGAGAGGGUCCCAUGCCGAUGCCAAUGCCGAUGCCUAUGCCCCCGCCACCUCAAGGUGCCGCUUACCCUCCGCCGCCACCCGGCCAUUACCCCCACCCGAUGCCGGGACAGAUGGGCCCAGGACCCGGCCCCUUUGUUCACAUGGGGGGCCACACGGCGACCGUCAUGGCUCCACCGGGCGCCGCCACUACCGUGACCGUGCUGCAGGGCGAAAUGUUCCAGACGUCGCCGGUGCAGACGGUGUGUCCGCACUGCCAGCAGGCCAUCGUCACGCGCAUCUCGCACGACGUGGGCCUCAUGAACACGCUCUUCUGCCUCUUCUGCUUCUUCGUGGGGUGUGAUCUGGGCUGCUGCUUGAUUCCCUGUCUGAUCGACGACCUCAAGGAUGUGACACACACCUGCCCUUACUGUAAGGGCUACAUCUACACAUACAAGCGUAUAUGCUAACCCCCAACAUGCACACCCACACUCACAGCUCCCCCUGCUGGUAGUGACAGGCUUUUCACCCUUACUUUUUGCACCGUGUCACCACUGUAUGUUUGUCUUCACAUAUGCAGUUAAUAUGUUGUAUAUAUCUUCCGCCUCAUACAUUCAUGCAAAGGUCAGGUUGCUUUUUAUUUUCCAAGUGAAGGCUUGUUACAAUGUUACACAUGUGAGUGAAGAAAACCGUCGGCAAACAAACUGGUCACUUUAAGUCUCACUAUGAAGCAAGCUGGGGUUUAUUGGUUUGUUUUUACAUUUAAUUUCUUUAAUAUUUAUGUAGAAUAUUUUAUUCUUUCUUUUAACAAGAUUAUAUUGAAAACUGUGAACAUUUGUGACUUUGAUCCUGAAUAAUCUUUUUCACAAUCCCUUGUUAACGUCUGUCUACAUAUUUGGUAAUUUUCGACUCAUUUUGUUUGAUUAUUGUUCCAGGCUUCAUUCAGUAUGCACAGAGUGAAUUACAGUUGGGGUGUUCUUUGUUUCUGCUCAUUUGUUCCUGAUGUACUUUGAAAAAAGCCAACAUUUGCACUUUUAAGGACAAAUAUCCCUCCUGAUACAUUAUAAAGCCUGCCUCCUCAUCAGUCAUUGUAGUCUUGUCUUGUCUUUUUUUUUUUUUACAAGGGGAAGCCACAAAGUUCCUGUGUACCAGCAAAGACAGGUUUUGGCAUUUAAUCUGAUCUCACUGUAGAUUGUAUCCUAACUGUAGGCUGAAUGUUUUGUCUCCGCCGCAGUAAUUAAGAAUGUUGGGGAACAAGUUUAUUGAUUAUCUGUCAUUAGUCCCCCCUUUUUUGUACCUACCUUGAUCACAAGCAUGACAGAUACAAAAGUCUGCAAUUAACAUAAUCACUAAAAUAGGCUUUUACAUGCAAUUAUUCAAAUAAAACAAUUAUUCAUAAACAGCAUGCCCCAUUGUCUAGCUCACUAAAAUGCAGAGCCAAAAUAACAGCAUAAGCACCGUGACUUAAUGUGUUUGAGUUGCUAAGAUGUACAAAAAAAAGCAUUAAGGUUUUUACAACUGUUGUGGUGGGGAGGUAAAUGCCAAUCUGGAUUGCUCUCUAAAUGUCUGUGAUAUGUAUAACUAUGUAAGUUAAAUUUUGUUUUGACAGUUGUAUACAGGUACUAUUUUAUCAAUAAAAGUCUGUACAUCAGUUUUUGCUGA